AUGGGUGAACAGCCUUCUGGAAUGCUUCAAAAUGGACUGGAUGACGCUACCGGUGGCAGUGACGACGAGUCCAGGCCGCCAAAUAGAACUCUUCUCGACUGUCUGCAAGGCUGGGCGAUAUGUCUUCGGCGAACAACCCUCCAGUUAACGGUCAAUUUCCGCUGCAGUGGUGGACCCAACGCCCGUCACGGUCAAAAGCUCAAGAUUGUGAUUGUGGGAGCAGGUAUUGCGGGCUUAUCACUAGCUGGACUUCUAGGACGUUCCGGACACAAUGUGAUUGUCCUUGAAGGAGCCCCAGCAAUUGCAGAAGUGGGUGCAGGAAUCACCUGCUCUCCCAACCAGACUCGUCUGCUGACUCGAUGGGGUCUGGACGGUCGGCUGCGCAAGCACACCGAUACCCUGUCGAACGUCAUCUUGAGACGGUGGGAGAAUGGCGAAAUCCUCGGCAAGGCACCUCUCAUGCCCCAGGUGGAACAGAAACACGGUGCACCUCAUUACGUGAUACACCGUGCGGACCUGCAUGGUGCAUUGAUGGAGGACGCUGAGACGGUUGCCGAGGUUCGUGUUAAUAGUAUGGUUGUCUCGAUUGACUUUGAGAAGCCCUCUGUGACCCUGCAGGAUGGUACAGUGGUCGAAGCCGACCUGAUUGUUGGCGCAGAUGGAAUGAAAUCGACCUGCCGGAGGAUCAUGUACGAGAAGCUGGGCCUGGUGGACAAGCCUACCCCAACUGGAGAUGCCGCGUUUCGAGCUUGCAUUCCCGUCGAAAAGGUCACAGAUCCUGAUUUGCGUGAAUUUGUGACCAACCCCCUUGCGACGAGGUGGAUGGGCGGAGGCUGUCACAUCCAAGGGUACCCAAUCCGACACGGCCGUCUCUACAACCUGGUGAUGUGCCACCCCGACCCUGGUUUCACCGAGGAAUCUUGGACUACAAAGGCGUCCAAGCAAGAUAUCCUAAAUCAGUUCGGUUCGUGGGAUGGUCAAUACCUGCGCAGAUUGGUGGAUCUGAUACCAGAGGACAAUGUCCUGGUGUGGCAUUUGUGCGUGCAUGAUCCCCUGCCCACGUGGGUGAUGGGCAAAGUCGUCUUGCUCGGCGAUUCAUGUCAUCCCAUGCUUCCAUACGUUGCGCAAGGAGGAGCGCAAGCUCUUGAAGACGUUGCGGUCCUACAUCUCGCCUUGGACCAGCUCUCGACGAUCGAUGACCUGCCCGUGUACUUGAAGGCAUACGAAUAUGCACGCAAACCGAGAGCCGAGCACAUCAUGAGUAUUGCCGGAGUCAAUCGCGAUGUCUUGCAUCUGCCCGAUGGGCCAGAGCAGCAAGAGAGAGACCGAAAGUUCGCUGCCGUCGCACAAGGAGGCGAGAAUCCCGACCUUCUGGGCCACGCGGAGAUUCAGCGAUACUUGUGGGGUCAUGACCCUGAGAAAGAGUACCUUGACAACGCCGAAUGUAGGUGUCUAUUCUUCUGUUGA